CCUGUUGAUUUUGGGGCAUUUUAUGAAUCAAUUCCUGUUGAUUUUGGGUUAAAGAACAGCCAGUGACCCGGGAAUCUCCCAAAUGAAUAGGCAGUAACUCAAAGUUAACGGGAAGUGAUCUGUAAAUGCCCUAAAAUGAACAGAAAGUGACCUGUAAAUGGCCUGAAAAUUGGAAAGAGUGACUGCGAUGCUCUCGUUUCGAAUUAAUGAACGUUCGUUCGAGCCUCCCAGUCUAAAUGGAUUGGGUAGCCGUAGAGUUAACUAAGACACUAUUAUAGUGGAAGAUCUUGGUAGCAACUUGUUGGUUCCUUUUUUUAAAACACAUUCUUAAAAGAUAUCUCUAUUCUUGCCCAGGGCAUAUCGAUAACCUUUUGGGAUACAAAGUAUCACGAUAUCUCGAUAUUUUGUCACACUCACACCCCUAAAACAAAUGUAUGGUACUAAGGCAUACUACUGCAGUAUAAUCAUGCUGCAAAUUGAAAGAGUUGAGUAAUCCAACGUGAAACAAACAAACAAACAAACAAACAAACAAACAUAAAUAGCACAAAGAGGAGCACCCGAAAGAGCACACCUCUGGCAAAGAAGCCCAAUUCAACUUCUAUCGCCAUAUUAGGUAGAGUAGGCACUCUACCAUUGCCCUAAUGCCCCAAAAGUCACCACUCUUUCUCUUCUCCCUCCCUUGCAAAUUUCAGUUAAAUUGUCUAAAUCGGUUAUAAAGUUAUCACAAAAUUCCUUUUCUGACAUUUGUGACUUUUCACCUCAUUACCCUACAGUUUAAUCACCAUUUCUGUUUCAUGUUUAAAACAUAUUGCAACGUUCUUGCGUCAUUUUGAACACAAACAUACAAACUAUAAGACAUACUGAACCAAAUACAUAACCUCUGCCUUCCCAAGGUUUCACAUACUGGCGGAUGAAACUAAAUAACACAACAAGUAGUAAAAUGACCAGCCACCGUGCAACAUCACCCCAAUUUAUAAUCUACAGGCAUUGUUUUCUUUCCACUUUGAACAUGAUAGGAUCUUUAUUUCUUUGAAGUACGAUUGAGCUUCCUCAUGGUUUUCGAUGCUACCUGCAGAAGCUUACCACCCCACACAAAUACACUUGUACCAUCACCACCUGAUUUAGCUGUCCCCUGUUGCUAUGACGCUGCCUGCGACCUAAAAUAGAGACGGCAGAGAGGAUGGACACUCCAGACGACGGCCGCCACCCGACCGUGUAAACACACUGGCCUCAAGGUACAGAUAGCAGACAGUCGAGAUCCUUUCAGCUCCAGGAAGUAAACUCUAGAUUACAAGAACUGGCCAGAACCAACUAUAUAUGCGUUGAGCAAGACGGCUGAACGAGUAGAAACAGGCAACAUGGCCCAAACCACCACAGAAGAGAUGCCUCGACUCUUCCCAAGAAUGUCAAUGAGCGAAGUGGACGAAAAGGUGCGCCUUCUUGCUGAGAAGGUCUAUGCCUCAGCACUGAAGGAGGAAGACACCAAAGACGCAAUGGCCCUGUUCACUGUACCUGAGGACUGUCCAAUCGGCCUCCGGGAGGACCGGGAGCGUGCCCUACAGAAGGAGCUGGCUGAGCAGAAGUCCAAAGAGACCGUCAAGAAGAAGAAGAACUUCAUGAUGAAGCGUUCCCAGUCACUAUCCUUGCAGAUUCCCACCAGCGACUGGAGCCUGUGGACGCAUUCCCCUGUACUCUCCCCCACCACACCGGAACCGGUCUUUUCUGAGAGCUUCCCUGAUUUUCAGAGGGUGACCAUCAGUGGAGAUUACUGUGCUGGGAUCACUGUUGAGGAUUACGAGCUGGCAGCCAAAAGCCUCCUGAGAGCUCUUUUCAUCAGGGAAAAGUACUCCCGGCUCGCAUACCAUCGCUUUCCCAGGACCAUAGCCCAGUUCCUCCGAAACACUGAGGGGGAAAAGUGGCGAGAGGAGGACGAGGUCUUGCCUGACAUUUGGCCGUCCCCCCGUGAAGAUGAGGACCCAUACUCCAUGCAAGGCAUACCGGACAACCUGGACUACGAGCUGCAGAUGAAGGAUGGGAUUGUUCAUGUUUUUGACAAUGCUGAAGCCUUGAAACAGCAGCAGCCUCGCACGCUCCCGUACCCGGACUUGGAAACUUUCGCCAUAGACCUGAGCCAUGUCCUUGCCAUGAUUGCUGAUGGUCCCACAAAGACCUACUGUCAUAGACGGUUGAACUUCUUGUCCUCCAAAUUUUAUCUACAUGAAAUGCUUAAUGAAAUGGCUGAGCUUAAGGAGCUGAAAAGUGUUCCACAUAGAGACUUCUACAACGUAAGAAAGGUUGACACGCACAUACAUGCCGCCGCCUGCAUGAAUCAAAAGCACCUUCUGAAAUUCAUCAAGACCACAUACCAGACAGAAAAAAGUCGUGAGGUACUGGAGAAAGGCGGGCAGAGGUUUACCCUUGAGCAGGUCUUUAGCAGCCUUCACAUGGACCCAUACGACCUCACUGUGGACUCGCUGGAUGUACACGCAGGUAGACAAACGUUCCAUCGCUUCGACAAAUUCAACUCCAAGUACAACCCGGUGGGAGCCAGCGAACUACGGGAAAUUUACCUCAAGACCGACAACUACAUCGAGGGAGAGUACUUCGCACGACUUAUCAAGGAAGUGGCAAAGGACCUUGAGGAGAGCAAGUACCAGCACGCUGAGCCUCGUCUGUCCAUUUAUGGACGAUCCACCAACGAGUGGAAGGGUCUCGCCACCUGGUUUAUCCAGCACAAAGUCCACUCACCCAACUUGAGAUGGAUGAUCCAGGUCCCUCGGAUCUAUGAUAUUUUUAGGUCAAAGAAGUUGAUACCAAACUUUGCCAAAAUGCUGGAGAAUAUCUUCCUUCCCAUCUUUGAGGCAACAGUCAACCCACAAAAAAACCCAGCACUUCACGUUUUUCUAAAAUACGUAACAGGAUUCGACAGUGUGGAUGACGAGUCCAAACACAGCGACCAUUUAUUCUCCUACAAAAGUCCAAAGCCUGAGUCAUGGACGGCAGAUGAGAACCCGCCGUACACCUACUAUCUGUUCUACAUGUAUGCCAACAUUAUGGUUCUCAACAAUUUGCGCAAGGAGCGCGGGUUGAACACAUUCCAGUUCCGUCCUCACUGCGGCGAGGCCGGCUCCAUCACGCACCUGGUGUCUGCCUUCCUAACAGCAGACAACAUCUCUCAUGGCCUCAACCUGAAGAAGAGUCCAGUUUUGCAGUACCUCUACUACCUGGCCCAGGUCCCCAUCGCCAUGUCGCCACUGAGCAACAACAGCCUUUUCCUGCAGUACUCCAAAAACCCACUGCGGGAGUUUCUUCAGAAGGGCCUAUGUGUGUCGCUGUCCACCGAUGACCCCAUGCAGUUCCACUACACAAAGGAAGCAUUGAUGGAGGAGUAUGCCAUCGCGGCACAGCUUUGGAAACUCAGCACCUGCGACUUGUGCGAAAUCGCCAGAAAUAGCGUGCUGCAGAGUGGCCUGUCGCACCAGGAGAAAAAACACUUUCUGGGUUCCAACUACCUGCAGGAUGGCCCUGAGGGUAAUGACAUUGGACGCACGAAUGUGGCGCAAAUCCGCAUGGCGUACCGACAUGAGACACUAUGCAACGAGCUCAGCUUUUUAGUUGACGCAGUCAAAGCGGACGCAAUGGUUCCAGUGGUGGAGUGACAUGUUUUCACAUUUUGAAGCGAUAUUGUUUGCAUUUAUUGCUUUGCAUUGGGUUGUUACUUUUUUUUUUUUUUUUUUUAACUGAGCACGUUGAACAUGAAGUAUCCAAAGACUUUUGAGUUUUUACACUGGAUAGACAAUCCACAGAUUUAAGAAUGUGCAGCUUGUGUGGUGGUCUUUUUCUACAGCUUUAGUUUUUUUGUUUUGUUAUUUUAAAAUGUUACAUAUUUAUAUAAAGCAUGAUAGAAAAUUG